AUGAAGACCUCCAUCGUUAUCUUGGUAGCUUUGGCGUUCCAGUUGCUCAGUCUUGAAGUUGCGACAGGGAUCACAGUAGUCUCUAUUGACAGCUACGGAGCCAUCGCCAACGACUCGUCCGUCGGCGCUGCCGUCAGCAACAGCCACGCAAUCGCUGAGGCCCUGCAGAAAGCUGCUCCCGGUGAAGCCGUCCUCGUACCGCGCUACUCACACUACUACACCUUUUCCUCAGUUGUAAGCGACAUUGCCGACGGGAUCCAGCUCUGGAUAGAGGGCGAGUUGAUCGCUGUGUCCAACAUCACCGCCUGGCCGUACGACGGAAACGACUACCUCAACAUUCUGCAGAUCGAGAACUGCAAGGACUUUGUCUUGACCGGACAUUACUUGGGUGCCAUUAGAGGACAGGGCUACAAAUGGUGGGUAAACACGGUGUUUAAUUUCAUCGAUAAGACUCGCCCGAAUAUGGUGGAAAUGACAAACUGUACAAACGUUGUGGUGGAAAGCCUGAGAGUCUACAACUCUCCACGCUACCACUUCCACCUGUCAAAUAUGACCGACCUCAUUGUUCGCGACAUUUAUAUUUGGGUGGAUGUCACAGCUCAGCGAGAUCUACUCGAAAAGGCAAAGGUCAAGAGAUCUACAUCUGGUAGUGGGGCUUGGAAUCUUCCCAUGUUCCCACUCAACACAGACGGGAUUGAUCCAUCAGGCAGGAACAUCCUCAUCAAGAAUAUCACCUGUCAGAAUUUCGAUGAUGUCGUCGCUGUGAAACCCGGAAAGCUUUUGACUGACGGGUGCACACAAAACGUGACUGUUGACGGCGCUAAAGUCAUCUUUGGUGUUGGAAUGAGCAUCGGCUCGGUUCCACCUGACUCUGACAUAAACUGCAUUCGAGACGUCUGGAUCAGAAACGUGGAAUUCACUAACCCUCUAAAGGCCAUCUAUGUAAAGACCAACUCUGGUAAGGACGGAUUUGGGAUCAUCGACAAUAUAAACUAUCAGAACAUCAGCAUCCACGAUCCUAUUCUCUGGCCCAUAUACAUUGGUCCACAGCAGCAGAAAGAGCCGGACGGAGGAGGAGAUGGGAUAUGGCCGCCUCCGCAACCCCUGGUGAACGUAACCAACAUCCUACUCCAGAAUGUGACAUCGGAUAACGGGUGGCUCAAUGCAGGUGUACUGCGCUGUGCAGAGUCGAAUCCCUGCCGCGGGAUAACCCUCGACAAUGUGCAUGUGUCAGGCUGGGCUUCAGACUUCUACGUCUGUGAGAACACCCAGGGAACCGUCACCAACUCCACCCCUGUUCCAUCCUGCAUGGUGAAUAACACCAUGCAACAAGGAAUGACUACAUCCCAAAACAUCUUAUAG